AUGCCUGCUAUUCGGCAUGCGUCGAAGCGCAAGCCGCCUCCAGAAGGCUUCAGUGACAUCGAGGACGACCUCCUAAUCUUCAGCAACAAGAUGAAGGAUGCCCAGAAUGCGCCGGCAGAUAAUGUACCGAAGCAUCAAGCACAAUGGCCGAUAUUCCAAAUCUCUCACCAGAGGAGUCGGUACAUAUACGAGCUUUACUACGAGAAAGAGGCGAUCAGCAAGCAACUGUACGAGUGGCUAUUGAAGAACGGCUACGCGGACGCUAUGUUGAUUGCCAAGUGGAAGAAGCAGGGCUACGAGAAGGCAAGUCGAAUCCCCAGGUUCUAA